AUGUCCCUUCUUGACUCGACUCGCCAGAUUAUAGCAAGUUGUAGCGUCAAUAUCAAGCAUGUUGUUCUGAUGAAACUCGAGAGAACACAGACAAACGUGUUCUCGCUGCAGAAGGACUCCACAGCGAACUUGACUCGUACUGCGGAGAUUUUAACUGGCUCAUUCUUUGGAUUCGAGAGUUCUACUGGUAGCAAAUCGCAGAAGUCAUAUGACGGGAUCACAGCGAAGGAAGCAAUUGUCCACCGGUACUCUUACUCGUGGAAAAGCAUAGUCGGCACCUUGUGCGGCGUGUCCCCUUAUGGUAGAUUUCAACUGCGAGCAUGA